GUGGUGACUUGGCGGUAGCCAAUGGUAGUCGAGCCCCUGCGAGAGUAAUGUUACAGAGCUGAGGACUGAGUGAGGAGACUGCGUAUCGCUAUCGCUCCCACAUACAGCCAUUGCAGUACAUUGAGAUACAGCGACAGCCUUUGUUACUCCGAGCAAGAUGGGUAAAGAUCCAACGAAGCCAAGAGGCAAGAUGUCCUCUUAUGCCUACUUUGUGCAAACUUGCCGGGAGGAACAUAAGAAGAAGCACCCUGAAGCUUCUGUCAACUUUUCUGAGUUCUCCAAGAAGUGUUCUGAGAGGUGGAAGACCAUGUCUGCCAAAGAAAAGGGCAAGUUUGAAGACCUGGCCAAACUUGAUAAGGCACGUUAUGAGAGGGAGAUGAAGAACUACGUUCCACCCAAGGGCGAGAAGAAGAAGAGGUUUAAGGACCCUAAUGCCCCCAAACGACCCCCGUCUGCCUUCUUCAUUUUCUGCUCCGAAUUCCGUCCAAAAGUGAAAGGAGACUCCCCUGGCAUGUCCAUUGGUGAUGUGGCCAAGAAGCUGGGAGAGAUGUGGAACAGCACCUCUGCAGAGGACAAGCAGCCAUAUGAGAAGAAGGCUGCCAAGCUGAAGGAGAAAUAUGAGAAAGACAUUGCGGCUUACCGUGCCAAGGGUAAGCCCGACGGGGGACCCAAGAAGGCCCCUGCCAAACUGGAGAAGGCCAAGAAGAAGAAGGACGACGAUGAUGACGACGACGACGAUGAUGAUGAUGAUGAAGAGGAGGAAGAGGAGGAUGAUGAGGACGAUGAUGACGAAUAAAUUUGUUACGUCCGGAGCUUAGAUUUCCUGUUUAUAAAGCAUUUAACCCCCUGUACACACUUCACUUUAAAAACAAAAAUGGAAAAAAUAAGGCUGUGUAUAUGAUGUUUUUAAGCUGUACAGUUGGUUUUUUUUCCUCUUUCUCUCUCUACUCUUCUUUUGUAUAGUUAACACUACAAAGUGUCAUCCAUCAUUUUCCUUCCUUUUUUUUAUUUUCCAGUGGUAGUUGAGCCCCAAUCCCUGCCGAGUACAGCUUAAGGGGCUUGUAAACUGGCGUGGAGAUGGUGGGCUUUCAUAGUGGUGCCCAGCACAUUUUUUUCCCCCGUGAGGUAGUCAUUCUUUUUCCUGAUGUAUUUGUGUGUUUUAUUUUUUUAUGUAUUAUCUUAAAAUUUGCCGUAUCAUAAGAUUCUUUUACUGUACUUUGAAUACCACUCUGUAAUUGCAAGAAUAAUUAAAAAAAAUGCGGCUGUUUUUGUUGACAUUCUGAAAUGCUUCUGAAGUAAAUAAACCCUUUUUAUAUAAGG